UGAGGGGUUCUAGCCCUGGAAAGUUGGUUCAUUCUGCAGAAAGACUUGGGAUGGGUGAAGGUAAAGUCCGAAUUUCCUAUGAGCUGUCAGAAGGGGAAAAACUAGGGACAAGCAACAGAAAGGUGCAGGUGAAGAAAUGCCUGGAUAGCCUUGGGAUUCCCUGUAAUCUGGAAGAUGUGCCCAAUAUUGCCGUGCUGGGAGCUGGGGGAGGUCUGCGGGCCAUGAUCGCCCUUCAUGGAACCCUGCAGGAGCUACAAAAGCAUGGUCUACUGGACACCAUCAUGUACCUGUGUGGGGUCUCAGGUGCAACAUGGUGUAUGUCCUCUCUCUACAAAAAUGGGGACUGGGCAGAGAAAUUGCAGGCCUUGGAGAAAUGCAUGUGUGAUGCACUUACCAAAUCCAACUGGCACCUUGGAAAGGCCACGGAAAUGCUACUCGAGGCAGCUAAGGAUGAAAAGUAUUCCCUGACUGAGUUCUGGGCCUACACUGUGGUCUAUGGCAUGUUACAUGAGCUGAACAUGGGGCACUUGUCAGAGCAGAGGGGUGCGUCUGAGAAUGGAAAUAACCCCUACCCUAUCUAUGCAGCUGUGGAUGAGCAUAGUUUCUGCAAAGUAACUGAAUAUUCUCCAGAAACCUGGUUCGAGUUCACCCCCCAUGAAGCCAGUUUCCUUGGCUAUGGAGCAAGUGUACCCAUGGAAUACUUUGGAAGUGAAUACAAGAAUGGGGUGCUCAAGAAUCAGAAAGAAGAGGAAAGUAUGAGUUACCUGCAAGGUUUGUGGGGAAGUUGCAUUGGCAGCAAAGCAGAAAAUGAAAAAGUCAUAAAAGAUAUAUUCUUUGGCAUCUUUAAGGGAAAAAAAGAAUCAUGUUUAGCAUUCGCAAUGGAUGAUGAAAGUGGUUCGGAAGGAACAUUGGAAGGGUUUCCAGCACCCUCUCUUGAAUCGGAAGCCGGUAUUACGGACUGUUCAAUUAUUGGAGAAGUGGUGACUGGCAUAGGCUCAGCAGUGGAUUUAGCUAGGAUGUUCUCUAAAACCACUCACGAUCUCUUGCACUGGAAAUGGGGAACCAAUAGUAACUUUCUUUACAAAUGCUCUGGUAUUAGCAACCCUGAGCUGGUGAACAAUAAAAUCUUCUCCUUGGUUGAUGCUGGCAUAGCCAUAAACUGUGCUUACCCCCUGGUUCUCCGCCAAGACAGGAAAGUGAAACUGAUCCUCUCCUUUGACUAUGGGCCUGGUGAUCCGUUUAAGACACUCAAGCAAGCUGCCAAAUACUGUGAAGAUAACCACAUCCCAUUUCCUAAGGUGGACGAGAACUUGCUCCAAGACACAGAUAACCCGUCUGACUGCUACAUCUUCAGAGGAGAGGGUGCUCCUACUGUCAUGCAUCUCCCACUUUUCAACAAAGUGAAUUGCCCGGGCUAUGUGAAGGAAUGGAGAAUUAGAUUCAGCCCCGUUCGCUUUCUCUACAACGAGGGAGACGUCCAAAAACUCCUUCAGUCAGCCAGGAUGAAUGUGUCGAACAACAAAGACAAGAUUCUGCAAGAGAUCAAACACAUUGUGGCUUGCUCCAGCAAGAAGGCAAGGUCUUAAGAAGACUUUUUCAUCUAUGUCCUGUAUACAUUAAAGCCACCCAGUAGAUUCUGAAAACUACAGAAUUGUCACCUGGCUGGAAAAUGUCAUUAUUUGGGAUCACAGUGGGGAGAGGAGUCUCAGCUUCUGCUAUGAAAGCACUAGUCCCUAGCUUGUUAGUUAAGCCCAUGAUGUGACUGCACUUUAGUCGAGGAAUUCUGAUUCUGUGCAUUAGUCAAAGAAAAAUUCUCUCUUGGUAUAAAUCAGUCUUUGCUUGCUGUUGUGAAUUAUUGCUCAAUCAGUCUCUGCUCUGUGUGAUGCCAGAUAACUUUGUCUCCUGUUGCACAAUUAAUGUUCAAUCAAUAAAGCCUAUAAACAUCA